CCGGGUCGCGCCGCCCGGGUCUCCGGGCAGGGCUCCGGCUUCCCGUGUCCGCCGCCGGCCGCCGUGGUCGCCCGUGCCCGGCGGGACCGAGCCCUCGGCCGGGCCAUGCGCGCGGCCGCAUGAUGCGCCCCCGCCGCCGCGGGCCGGGAGGAGCCGCCGCGCCCGGCGACCCCCGGGCCUCGGGCCCUGGCGCCCGGGACGUGUGUCUGGACACCCUGGAGCGGAGGUGCAGGAUGUCCCAGUGAGAUCGCGCGGGUGCGAGGUGAGUGUCCCCGCCUGGCGGGGGUGGGCCCGGGCGUGCCGGGACGCUGACCCGCGGCCCGCAGCCGGCGGGGCACCAUGCCGUCGUCGGGGCACCGGCUCCGCGACGUCGAGCACCACCCGCUCCUGGCCGAGGCCGACAGCUACGACUCGUCGUCGUCGGCGUCGUCCGCGGCCGAGGCGGACGUGGCCGAGCGCGUGUGGUUCAUCCGGGACGGCUGCGGCAUGGUGUGCGCCGUGCUGACCUGGCUGCUGGUGGUCUACGCCGACUUCGUGGUGACCUUCGUCAUGCUGCUGCCCUCCCGCGACUUCUGGUACUCCGUGCUCAACGGCGUGCUCUUCAACUGCCUGGCCGCGCUGGCCCUGUGCUCGCACCUGCGCACCAUGCUCACCGACCCGGGGGCCGUGCCCAAGGGCAACGCCACGAAGGAGCACCUGGAGCGGCUGCAGCUCAAGCCCGGCGAGGUCCUGUACAAGUGCCCCAAGUGCUGCUGCAUCAAGCCCGAGCGCGCCCACCACUGCAGUAUUUGCAAGAGAUGCAUCCGGAAAAUGGAUCACCACUGCCCGUGGGUGAACAACUGCGUGGGGGAGAAGAACCAGCGCUUCUUCGUGCUUUUCACGAUGUACAUCGCGCUGUCCUCGGUGCACGCCCUGAUCCUCUGCGGGCUGCAGUUCCUCUCCUGUGUGCGCGGGCAGUGGACAGAGUGCAGUGACUUCUCCCCGCCCGUCACGGUGAUCCUGCUGGUCUUCCUGUGCCUGGAGGGGCUCCUGUUCUUCACCUUCACGGCCGUCAUGUUCGGCACCCAGAUCCACUCCAUCUGCAACGACGAGACGGAGAUCGAGAGGCUGAAGAGCGAGAAGCCCACGUGGGAGCGGAGGCUGCGGUGGGAGGGGAUGAAGUCUGUCUUUGGGGGGCCCCCCUCGCUGCUCUGGAUGAACCCCUUCGUCGGCUUCCGGUUCAGGCAGCUGCAGCCGCGGCUGCGCCGAGGGGGCCCCGAGUUCUCCGUGUGAGGCCGCCCCGAGCGGGCACUUGCCGACAGACUUGACCCCCGGGCCCGGGGCAGCCGCGGUGCACCCAGUUGCCUGCAGUGGGGCCCCGAGGUCGGUUUCCGGCCGGAACUGGACGCCACUCCCCGGCUCUGGGGCGCAGGCAGAGACCGCCCAGCGGGGCCGCGGGGGGACUCUGGUCUCUGCGCCCUCGUGGGCACCGCCCGGGCUACCGCCUCCCUCAUGAAGGAGCCACUCCACGGGCGGUCAGCGGCGGGGAGCGGGCCCCGAGGAGCUCGGACACUUUGCACUGAGUCUGCGGCACCGCGCCGAGAGGCCGCGGCCAGGCCCGUGCGCGUGUGCGCGUAUGCGCGCGCGCUCUGGGCAGGCGGGCUCGUGCGUCCAGCCUGCGGUGCGCAGCGACGCCAGCAAUGCCCAGUCGGCUGCCGAGCUGUAUUGUCGCUCCGGCGCUUCAGGGAGGGGGAGCUGGGCCAGGGCCUCCGGGAAUGUGGAUCCAAAGAGCAGCCUCCUGUGUCCGCGCAGACCGUGCAGGGCACCCGGGCGCGGGCAGCAGCGGGCGCGGGCCCGGCGCAGAGCAAACAGCCCCUUCCUGGGCACUCGCCUUAAACUUGCCUGCUGGGCCCGUGCGGGGUGUGCGCGGGGGGCGGCGGGCCCGACAGGAGGGUCCGACACGGAAAUCCUGUUCAUCAGUAAACGACGAGUGCCGGCCCCGGGCUCUCGGCAGCACGUGCGCGCGCAGUCCCCCUCGCCAGCCUCUUUCCAUGUCACUUUUCUAAGAAAUAAAAGUCACCGGCUGACGGUUUCUCAAGCCA